AUGUUGAAGUUUAAAUGUGGCGCCCGAAAUGGGGCAGAGGCAGGACCGAUGGAACCCAUCACCAGCAGAACUUCGAGGCUAAAUCUGCUCUUUCAGGGGAAGCCGUUCUUUGUGACUCAACAGCAGAUGUCUCCUCUCUCCCGGGAAGGCAUCCUUGAUUCUUUAUUCGUUCUUUUUGAAGAAUGCAGAAACCCCGCUUUAAUGAAAAUUAAACAUGUCGGCAACUUCGUCAGGAAGUAUGCAGAGACUAUAACUGAAUUAAGGGAACUGCAGCCCAGUGUGAAGGAUUUUGAAGUGAAGAGUGUGGUGGGCUGUGGACACUUUGCAGAUGUGAAAGUAGUGAGAGAGAAAGUUACGGGUGACGUGUAUGCUAUGAAGGUGAUGAGCAAGGAGUCCCUGUUGGCGCAGGAGCACGUGUCAUUUUUUGAGGAAGAACGCAGUAUAUUAUCUCAGAGCACCAGUCCAUGGAUUCCACAGCUACAAUAUGCAUUUCAAGACAAGAAAAAUCUCUACUUGGUUAUGGAGUAUCAGCCUGGAGGGGACUUACUGUCACUCUUGAACCGAUACGAGGACCAGCUGGACGAGAGUAUGGUGCAGUUUUAUCUUGCAGAGUUGGUUUUAGCCAUUCACAGUGUGCAUCAGAUGGGCUAUGUACACCGAGAUAUCAAACCAGAGAAUGUUCUUAUCGACCGAACGGGACACGUUAAACUGGUGGACUUCGGGUCAGCUGCCAAAAUGACAAUAAACAAAACGGUCAGUGCCAAGCUACCUGUUGGCACACCUGACUACAUGGCACCAGAAAUGCUGACGGGGUUGAAUGGGGAUGGCAAAGCUUCUUAUGGUCUGGAAUGCGACUGGUGGUCCCUUGGAGUCAUCGCAUAUGAAAUGAUGUACGGAAGAUCUCCGUUCACCGAGGGGACCUCAGCAAAAACUUUCAAUAACAUCAUGAACUUCCAGAGAUUUCUGAAGUUCCCAGAGGAUGUGAAAGUUAGCAGUGAAUUUCUUGAUCUGAUCCAGAGCCUGCUCUGUGGGCAGAAGGAAAGGCUGGGUUAUGAGAGUCUCUGCUGCCAUCCAUUUUUUUCUAAAAUUGACUGGAAUAAUAUACGUAACU